GUCGGUCAGUCGGUGAUGAAUUGUUGCUGAGAAAAUUUCUAUAUUUUUUUGCUAAAAAACUAAAAAUUCGAGUCUGCCUAAACCACGGAAUAGUUUUUGUAUAUAAGAGAUUCAACCAAAAUAAUUAAUGUUUCAAUGAGUGAACUAACAAUUUAUUAAUUAUUACCUUUUAUAAAAGGUGUUUUUGUAUAGAACUGUUAUCAGUAAUCACCAUCAAUCAUUUGGAUAUUCUGAAUACUGAAUUAAUCAAAAUUUGAGUUACAAAUCCUAAGCUUAUUUAAAUAAGUAAACAAAAUUCAGCUACAUUGAGUAAAAAACUACAUCUGUAUUACAUAAUAUACUGAUCAUUUUGGCUCCUAAGAACAAAAAUUCAGUCGUAUGCCUCAUAUUAAUCCUAGGAUGACAUCUAGAGUGUCCUCCUCCAUUUUCUUUACAGUGGAGGUGGGCGAUACAAAGUUCACUAUUUUGAAACGGUAUCAAAAUUUAAAACCAAUUGGAUCUGGAGCACAAGGCAUAGUUUGUGCUGCUAUGGACACUAUUACUCAACAAAGCGUUGCAAUUAAAAAACUAUCUAGACCCUUUCAAAAUGUAACACAUGCAAAAAGAGCAUAUAGAGAGUUCAAACUUAUGAAAUUAGUAAAUCAUAAAAAUAUUAUUGGUUUACUAAAUGCCUUCACGCCACAAAGGACAUUAGAUGAUUUUCAAGAUGUGUACUUGGUAAUGGAACUGAUGGAUGCUAAUCUAUGCCAGGUGAUCCAAAUGGAUCUUGAUCAUGAACGAAUGUCAUAUCUUUUAUAUCAAAUGUUAUGUGGUAUUAAACAUUUACAUUCAGCAGGAAUUAUUCAUAGAGACCUUAAACCUAGUAAUAUUGUUGUAAAAUCUGACUGCACAUUAAAGAUUUUGGAUUUUGGAUUAGCUCGAACAGCUGGAACCACAUUUAUGAUGACGCCAUAUGUUGUUACUAGAUACUAUCGUGCUCCAGAGGUAAUUUUAGGUAUGGGUUAUAAGGAAAAUGUUGACAUUUGGUCAGUAGGUUGUAUUAUGGGUGAGAUGAUAAGAGGUGGCGUUUUAUUUCCUGGAACUGAUCAUAUAGAUCAAUGGAAUAAAAUUAUAGAACAACUGGGCACACCUUCACAAGAAUUUAUGAGAAGAUUACAACCAACUGUUAGAAAUUAUGUUGAAAAUAGACCUCGUUAUCCAGGUUAUUCAUUUGAUCGAUUAUUUCCUGACGUACUAUUUCCGUCAGAUUCGUCUGAACAUAAUAAACUUAAAGCAAGCCAAGCUCGUGACCUUUUGUCUCGAAUGCUGGUUAUCGAUCCAGAAAAGCGUAUAUCUGUGGACGAUGCAUUGCUACAUCCAUAUAUAAAUGUUUGGUAUGAUGAAAGUGAAGUAAAUGCACCAGCACCAGGACCAUGGGACCAUUCAGUAGAUGAACGUGAACAUACCGUUGAUCAAUGGAAAGAACUUAUCUAUCAAGAAGUCAUGGAGUAUGAUCCAACUACUGCAGCAGCAGCUUCUGCUAAUGAACCACAACCAAUCCGAUAGACUCCACUGGCACAGUUUACCUCCGUCCAAUGUCUGACAACUGUGUCAUAAGUAUAGUAUUAAUAAAGUUGUAGGUAUAGUCUUCCAUAAUUUGAAAGUAACUUACAUUUUUAAUUCCUUUUGAAAUGGACGAAAUUUCUACAAAAAUGAAAUCAUUAUGUAACUAUAGCUGUACUUUAUAAGUAAAUUUUGAGAAAACUAUCCAUGUAUUGGAAUUUUUUUUACAGAAAUUUUCUUAUGAGAAAAAAUAAUCAAGAUAAAACAAAUUAGAUAUUAACGGUUGUGAGUUUUUUUUUUUUUUUUUUGUCAUAUUAGAAUGUUAAAAUAAAAUUAAGCUCGCUGUAAAUUUAUAUAAAUAUAUAUAUAAGGGCAUCCCUAUUAAUCUGUAAAUUAAGGUUUAUACAUAAGUAAAUUAUAAAAUAAUUAUACAUAGUAUAAAUAAUGUAAAACCUUGACUAUUCUCGCCCUUGCAGACCAAUUUAAGUCAGAAAGUAACAUGUAUAUGUAGUUAUAUUUGUGUAUGAGAUAUUUUUUUGUUUUUUUCUCCUAAACUUAUGAUUGGUAAAAACAUUGAUCUCAAUAUAAACUUAUUACCCAUUGUUUUACUAAAUCAAUUUUAAGUACUACAAUUGUAUGUAUUGAUAGAAACAGAUAAUCUUGAUUUAUUUGUUUUAUUCAUUUCAUAUAUCUUUAGUCAAUUGUUUGUUCACCAUCUUUUAAAAUUAGUUGAAUUUGAAUUUUUUGUCAUACUAAAUUUUACACGCACAGUUUAAAACUGCAUUCAUAGGUCUGUAAGGGUAGAUUUAAACUGUUGAGAUGUUAAGCCUUUUUCUAGAACUAGGCUUAUUAAAUACUGUAAAACUAUAAAUACCUUUGUAUUGUAUUGCUCAUACAAUCAUGAGCUAUGAUAUUUGUAUGAAUAUCAAAAAUAAUAAUUAAAUAUUAUUUAUAAUGAAAAAAAAAAGUAAAUAAAAAAAAAUAGAUUA